AUGACAACAAACAGUGCAAGCCCCGGCGGCGGCGGAUUCAUGCAACCAUCAGCUCUAUCUCCAGCCCCUUCAACAUCCACCGUCACGCCAUCAGUCCUGCCGAAGCAGAGAACGCAUCCGAUCCGCUCGGGGUCUAUUAAGGAGGCUACGGUGAUCAACCAUGUGGACAAAACGAUAUUGACGAUAAAUCGACGGCACGCGAAGAAGUUCAGCAGUGUUUUCGAACAGCAGCAGACACAACAAAAUAUUACGGCUUCGGCAGCUGUUGGAAAUAAGGGCGGAACAAAGGAGGAUAAAGAACGAGGAUACGAGAGCUUCAAAGAAGUGGUAAAGGAUAUCGAGGGCGUUCUUGAUGUGCUUUGGGUUAGCGGGACUCCAUCACUCCAAAUUCCAUACCUCAUCUCCCUCUCCGUGCUCGUAAACACCUACCUUCCGGACUACCCCUUCACAGGAAAAGCGACCUUCCGACUGCUGCGCAAGCUAGACUCGUUCUUUGCGUCGCUGAUAUUAGGCGAAGACGCCGAGACAGGCCAGCCGCUUUCGGGUUUCGAAGGAAGGCGAAAUGUCGUCUCUAUGACGGAAAAGGUGAGGAUCAAGAGUAUUGCGGAGGCGGCCAGGGUGCUCGUCGUUGAGAAGGGGGAUGAUAGGGAUCCUGAUGCGGAUGUGAACGAUGAUUUUGAGGAUGAAAGUAACGACGAGAUGGACAUAGGCAUGGAUUUAGACUUGGAGGGAGAUGGGCCUGAUAAGUGGGAGAUGGAAGCCGCAAGGGUGUAUGAGAAGACGAUUCAGCUGUUGGGUGACGAGUUGGGUACUGAAGUCGAGUUUUGUGACGAGGAUAUGGCGCGUGGAGAUGAGGGGGAGAAUGAUAUCUCGAUGAGUUCGUGA